AUGCCGAAGAAGAAAGGAGGAGGAGGUAAAGGUGGAGGAAAGACGGAGGAGGAGCGACUGUUGUACAUGCAGCAGAGAGCUCAGGCAGAGGAGGAGAUGGCCAAGAAGAAAGAGGAGAUCCUCACGCUGUUCCUGAAGGACAAGCUGCAGAAGGAGGAGAGGAACACGGCGGUCAACCUGCUGAAGCUGAACGAAGGCUGGCGAGCCAUUCUCCGUCAGACUCGAGCCGCCGAGCUCCGUAAAGACGUGGCGGUGUUCAGCCAGACGUUCGAGAGGCAGCUGGACGGCCUGCACAGCGUCGUCAAGACGUUGGAGCGUGACCUGCAGGAGGCGGAGCGUCAGUCGGCUCGGGUGCGGCGUGUUCACCUGCAGCAGGUGGAGCGUCUGCGUGCUCAGCAGGACCAACAGAUGCUUUUCCUGCAGCAGCAGUGGGAGCAGCGCCUGCACCACCUCUGCUCCACCCACAGCUCUGAGAGGAAACACGUGUCGACGCACGCCGGACAGCAGCGAGCCGAGCUGGAGGACGCAGCCUUCAGUCUGGAGAAGAAACACGAAGCAGCGCUGGAGGAAAUCCACCGACUGUACAGUGAGAGCAUGGCGGCAUGCGACAACGCUUUUGAUGAGAUGACGACGUCUCUGCUGAUGGAAACCAAAGACAAGCUGCUGACGAAGAGCCGGCAGCAUCAGGAAGUUCUGCAGAGCUACACGGCCGACGCCAACAAGCUGCAGAAGUUAGUCUCUAAAAACCAACAUCUCAUCGAAAGACUCAACACAGACAUGAAGAACCUGAAGAGGCUGCAGGACGCCAUCUUUACGAUGCGAGCGAACCUCGUGAGCAGUAAGACGGAACACGAGGGCGUGACUUGCGAUCUGACGGCCGGUAAAGACGAAGUGAACCGGAGGACUCACCGUCUUCGUAGUCAGCUGACUCGUGCUCACGCUGCGGCGAGGCAGCAGCUAGCCGACCUCACCGUGACGACCGACGCCGUCACCAAGAAGUUACAGGCCGUGAUCGCCAAGGGAGAGAGGGUUUUACGCGUGGCUGAGAUGUGCGACAAGUUGGAGAGCGAACAGGAAAACGUCUUCACGUGUUUGUCGACGACCGACGAACCGAAACAGGAAGACUGGUGUGGGUUCCCGGAGCUGCAGCCGGUGAUGCGUCGCUGCAACGCGUCGGUGCUGCAGCGUGAAGCUCUGAGGAAACACCGCGAGGACCUGAGCCGUGAGAACCAGCAGCUGCGUGUCCUGCUGCGUCAGCACCUGGACGCCAUGACGGUCAGCGACGCCACGCUGGACGGACGCCACGCUCUGCUGACAGCGCACGUGGCCCCGCUGACUGUGCACGCCCCCGCCGCCGCCGGCCGGGGGAACGCCGACAAACGCCACGUGGUCGCCUUCGUGGAGGCCGUGCACGCCGUCAAACACUGA